AGAACAUAACAUAUAUCUUAGUAUUACAAAUCUACAAAUCUGGAUAGAACAUAUUUUUUUUAUAGUAACACAGUACAAAUGCAGACGCUCACAACACGUGCACUCUCAUCCCUAUAAACACACGCACACCCUACUUCUAUGAGCACCUCCGAAAGACUGGACCAACGUAUAUUGAGGUUAACAAAGUCACCACGGACACCUCAUUGUUCUAACAUUGAAAGAAUAAUUAGCCAUAAAUGCUAGUUCCACCAAUAAGAAUCUAACUUGUUGAGUUACGGUCACUUCGCUGGAUAUAUCAUAUAUCAAAUGUUACCUCACAUAUUACACCACAUAUUAGAUUUGUUUAAUUUAGAAGAGAGGGAGUAAGAAACAAUGACAAAAGGUAUCCAACUUGUUAAGCUUCAUCUUUGUUUGUACUCCAUAUAUAAAAAUAGCCGCAGAAAUCACCUGAGAUGUGUAGGCCUCGUGUUCUCCACGCGCUUCUCGACUUGGCGCCUCGACGAGCACGAGCAUGGCUGCCACCAACGGCGAUGCCGAGCUCACCGUGGCGGAGGAGGCAAAGGAGGAGGAGGAAGCCACCGACGACGGCGGCGGCGGAGUGAGCUCCCAGUGGCUGCGCGCCGCGGUGCUGGGCGCCAGCGACGGCCUCGUCUCCACCGCGGCGCUCAUGCUCGGCAUCGGCGCGGCGCGCCCCGCCGACGCGCGCGCCGUCCUCCUGUCCGGGCUGGCCGGCCUCGUCGCCGGCGCCUGCAGCAUGGCCAUCGGCGAGUACGUCUCCGUCCACGUGCAGCUCGACGUCGAGCUCGCCGACCUCGAACGCCGGCGCCGCCGCGGCGGCCCGGCUCCGGCUGGCCUGGGACUGCACGCGGCGGCGGCGGCGGUGUCGCGCCCCGGCCAGGCCGCGGCCGCCUCGGCGCUGUCCUUCGCCGCCGGCGCCGCGCUCCCGCUGCUCGCGGCGUGGUUCGUCGCCGGCGCCUACAGGGUGAGGGUGGUGGUGGUCGUCGCGACGGCGAGCCUCGCGCUGGCGGCGUUCGGCGCGGCAGGGGCGCGGCUGGGCCGGGCUCCCGGUGGCCGGGCCGGGCUUAGCGUGGUCGGAGGGUUGCUGGCCAUGGCCGCCACCUAUGGCGUCAUGAAGCUCUUCAGAACACAUGGCGUUUGA